AUCAGCCUCUCUAAUCACUACUCACAGUAACCUCAACUCCUGCCACAAUGUACAAGAUGCAACUCUUGUCUUGCAUUGCACUAACUCUUGCACUCGUAGCAAACGGUGCACCUACUUCAAGCUCUACAGAGAACACAAAGAAUCAAGUGAAGUCACUGCUGCUGGAUUUACAGUUGCUUUUGAAGGAAGUUAAAAAUUACGAGAACCUCAAGCUCUUCAGGAUGCACACAUUUAAAUUCUACAUGCCCAAGAAGGUUACAGAAUUGAAACAUCUUCAGUGUCUGGCAGAAGAACUCAAACAUCUGGAGGUCGUGCUAAAUCUAGCUCAAAGCAAAAACCAGAACUCAACAGAUAUCAAGGAUUUAAUGGACAAUAUCAAUAGAAUAGUUUCGACACUAAAGGGAUCUGAAACAAGAUUCACAUGUGAAUAUGAUGAUGAGACAGUAACCGCUGCAGAAUUUCUGAACAAAUGGAUUACCUUUUGUCAAAGCAUCUACUCAACAAUGAGUUGAUAAUUAAGUGCCUCCCAUUUUAAACGUAUCAGGCUUUCUAUUUAUUUAAAUAUUUAAAAUUUAUAUUUAUUUUUUGAUGUAUGGUUUUCUACCUUUUGUAACUAUUAGUCUUCAGAUGAUAAAUAUGGAUCUUUUAAGAUUCUUUUUGUAAGCCCUACGGGCUCUAAAAAAUUCACUUAUUUAUCCUAAAGUAUUUAUUUUUAUAUUGAACUGUUAAAGAUAAUGUCUAUGUAGGUCAGUUAAUAAAAUUAUUUAAUAAAGUUGAUGAAUAAAAACA